AUGUACCAAAAGGACAAGAGUCUCUUGUGCCGGCACAGCGCCUGCCCGCUGCCAAACAACCUCACCACUUGUACCGAGGGAGGGAAGAUCAACCUAGCGUUCGUGGGAAAGACGGAGGUCACUACGCUCUUCCGGUCUCCCGACGGCAGCGUGCACCAGUCGCAAGUGGCUUGCAAAGACAUCGGUGGCAGCCCCUGCACCGAACUCAUGCAAGUGAAAUGGGUCAAACUGGAGGACAUUAAGACUCUGCUAGUGAUCGCCUCGACACGAGCCUUCCAGAUCUUCGAAUGGGACGGUUCAGUGUUUCUCCACUGUCAUCCCCUGCCCCAGGAUCUGGAUGCCACUGAGGAGACGUUCACGCGCGGAAUAGGCACGUGUGGCCCCAGUCUGCUAUGCAUCGGCACCAACGCUGGCACCAUUUUGGCGCACCUAGUUUCGCGCGACUUGAACGUCACUUUCUGUCAACGGGCCACCGAGCACGCGCCGCACGCCAUUGCCGACAUCCACAGCCACGGUGAGAUCAUGGCGAGCGCCGACGACGGCGGCGGCAUCUGUCUGUGGCGGGGAAAAACGGCUCUGAACCUGCUUCGCAAGCUGUCGCCGGUCGGCAGCAGCCCGUGCGUGAGCAUCCGCGUCUGGCACGAUCUCGUCUUGGCGGGCUACGGUUCGGGCGAGCUGCGCGUGUUCAGCGCGUGCUCUUUUCAGCUCAUGGCCGAGGCCACGGCACACGCCCGCUGGAUCACGGCCAUCGACGUCGCGCCGGACUCGGGGCUCGCCCUGUCCGUUGCCGAGGACUCUUACGUGCGCGUUUGGCAGCUGGAUCGCGAGGGCGAGCACACAAUCGACCACGUUCACGGGGAGAGCGUCGCGGACUCUAUGCUCAUGGGUUGCGCCUUUCUCACGCCCGAUGGAAGCUCUUUCGCCGCAGUCGCUUACGACUCGGCCGAAGUGUUCAUGUUCAAGAAAUAA